GUGUUGCAGGCUGCCCCUCCAAGAGCAGAGGCAGCGAAAGGAGUCGUGUGCACCGGUCAGCCCCGGGAAGCUGUAGGGACCGGCGAGCAGGCAUCACCUCCUGUUCCCCGCUCCAGGAAAACCGGGAAAACAAGAACUAGCAAGAGCUUGACAAACACCUGGCUUCAGAUUGGAAAACCAGUCACCUGUCAUUCCUGGACACUGCACAGCAGCUGUCUAAGAAAAAACACCAAAGAGAAAGAAAACAAAGAACAAAAUACCCCAGAAUUCCUAAAGAACAAUUCAGCUGAACCUACGAUGGUGAGCGAGAGUCAUCACGAGGCGCUGGCAGCCCCGCCAGUCACCACUGUGGCGACUGUCCUGCCACAUAAUGCCACCGAGCCAGCCAGUCCCGGGGAAGGAAAGGAGGAUGCCUUCUCCAAGCUGAAGGAGAAGUUUAUGAAUGAGUUGCAUAAAAUUCCAUUGCCACCGUGGGCCUUAAUUGCCAUAGCCAUAGUCGCGGUCCUUUUGGUCCUGACCUGCUGCUUUUGCAUCUGUAAGAAAUGCUUGUUCAAAAAGAAAAACAAGAAGAAGGGAAAGGAAAAGGGAGGGAAGAAUGCCAUCAACAUGAAAGACGUGAAAGACCUGGGGAAGACCAUGAAAGAUCAGGCCCUGAAGGAUGAUGAUGCUGAAACCGGAUUGACUGAUGGUGAAGAGAAAGAAGAACCAAAAGAAGAGGAGAAACUGGGAAAACUUCAGUACUCACUGGAUUAUGAUUUCCAGAAUAACCAGCUGCUGGUAGGAAUCAUCCAGGCUGCCGAGCUGCCCGCCUUGGACAUGGGGGGCACCUCUGAUCCCUAUGUGAAGGUGUUUCUGCUGCCCGAUAAAAAGAAGAAAUUUGAGACAAAAGUCCACCGAAAGACCCUUAAUCCUGUCUUCAAUGAGCAAUUUACUUUCAAGGUGCCAUAUUCGGAAUUGGGUGGCAAAACUCUGGUGAUGGCUGUCUAUGAUUUUGAUCGCUUCUCUAAGCAUGACAUCAUUGGGGAGUUUAAAGUCCCCAUGAACACGGUGGAUUUCGGUCACGUAACUGAGGAGUGGCGUGAUCUGCAAAGCGCAGAGAAGGAAGAGCAAGAGAAAUUGGGUGAUAUCUGCUUCUCCCUUCGCUAUGUACCUACCGCUGGCAAGCUGACUGUUGUCAUUCUGGAGGCAAAGAACCUGAAGAAGAUGGAUGUGGGUGGCUUGUCUGAUCCUUAUGUGAAGAUUCAUCUGAUGCAGAAUGGCAAGAGGCUGAAGAAGAAAAAGACAACAAUUAAAAAGAAUACACUUAACCCCUACUACAAUGAGUCAUUCAGCUUUGAAGUACCCUUUGAGCAAAUCCAGAAAGUGCAAGUGGUGGUAACUGUUUUGGACUAUGACAAGAUUGGCAAGAACGAUGCCAUCGGCAAGGUGUUCGUGGGCUACAACAGCACCGGGGCGGAGCUGCGACACUGGUCGGACAUGCUGGCCAACCCCCGGCGCCCCAUCGCCCAGUGGCACACCCUGCAAGUGGAGGAGGAGGUUGAUGCCAUGCUGGCAGUCAAGAAGUAAGGGAGAAGAAGCCUUUCUGUGUUUGCCCACAUAGUGCUCUUUAGCCAGUAUCUGUAAAUACCUCAGUAAUAUGGGUCCUUUCAUCUUUCCAGCCAUGCGUUCCUACCACAAUUCAGUGGUACUUCAAACCCUGUUUUAAUUUGCACAGAUUUAAACGUAGACAGCCCCAAAGCCCUCCCUCAUACCACUGCCCUCCAAAUCUACUCUUCUUUUAAGCAAUAUGAUGUGUAGAUAGAGCAUGACGGAAAUUCUUUAUUGUAUCACACCGUUGUAUAUACCAGUAUGCUAAAGAUUUAUUUCUAGUUUGUGUAUUUGUAUGUUGUAAGCGUUUCCUAAUCUGUGUAUAUCUAGAUGUUUUUAAUAAGAUGUUCUAUUUUAAACUAUGUAAAUUGACUGAGAUAUAGGAGAGCUGAUAAUAUAUUAUACGGUAAAUAGAGUAUCAUCUGCAUUCCAGCAAAAAUCUCAACUUGUGAGGCACUAGUACAGUGAAACUGACAUCUUAAAGGAUAACUUAAACCUGAGCUUUCUAUUGAAUCAUAUGAGCACCAAGAUACACUUACACCACAAAUUCGGUGGGUGAAUCCAAUUUUGUAGAACUUCUUCACAGGCAAAUUAGCAUGAUCUGAGCAGCAUCCAGCGUGACCUCCAGGAGUUACAGCCACAAACAGAAUCGCAUCCAUCUGCGCAUAUCUACAGGGCUCAAGUCAGAGCUUACUCUGACAUUCGAGGAAGCGACUGAGCAGUGGUCAGUGACUCCAUGUUACUGCAGAGUAACGCCAUGAUGGUGUUGCGCGUGUGUGCAUGUGUGUGUGUGUACACACCUGCAUUUGUCUGGGGGUGGGAGGGAUGGGAAGGAAGCAGAGGAGAGGAGAAGUCGGCAUUUUGAAAUGUUGCCUGACCAUUCAAAGAGAAAAGCAGCUCUCCGAUCUCACCUUCACAAACAAAGAGCACCCUGUGAAUUCUGUUCCAGCUGUCACACCUACAAUGAUUCCAAAGGUUUGCACAUCAGACUUCAUCACAAAAUAUUUUAUUAUAUCGGAUUAGAAGGAAUGCAGAAUAUUUUUAACACAGCAAUCUGUGCUUAUGACACAAAAUUACUUUGUGGCAAACAGACAGUAUUGUAAUCCCAUCAAAAGAGGAAGGAAAGAAUUAGCCAUAGUUCUGAAUGCACUUCCAUUAAGCCAAAACAGACAGCUAGCUAGUGAUCUUUUUAUAUGCUCUUUUUACGUAAAUAAGUUUUAAUUUGUCCUUUAAAAAAAAAAAAAGGUGAAACACAACCAAGAACAAGUUCUAGAAAACUGAAGCAACCUCUUAUGUAUACUAGAUGCUUGAUUUAGGAGGAGUUUUUAAAUGUUUUCACUGUUCUUCUGUAGUGAAUGGCACUAUUAUGAAGCUACUAGUCAUUCCAUAAGAGUCUUAAAGGACUGCUCUGCGUACACUGUGACUGCUGUGUGUGCUUAGACACCUAACGUAGUUUCCUCAGUGGGUAGCACUCAAUCUAUUCCUUAGUGAUAUUGUAACAAUACUGCCAUCCCCUCCUACUGCACUGCCCAAGGUGUGUGUAGCACAAACAGUUCUCAUUACAAAGGACCAACUCAGCACUGAAACGCUAUGCAUAGGAUGAGAGUGAUGCGAAGCCUGAGGUGGACCACACAGCGUUUUGUCAAGCACUGUGCAAUAUACCAUAAUGAUCCCCGCUGCAGCAGACCACCACGUCGCCCAAGGGCAGCCUCUGAUCUCACACUGCAUCUAGCCUUUUCUCCCACCAACCUCUGUGGUUCCUUCUCCCUCCCAGGCCAGAGAGAGUAGGAAUGCUCUGAAGGCAAAGUCUGUCUUCAAAAAUCCCAAAACAAAGUGGAAGGAAGCUAAGCAUUAGCCUCACGUUCAGGCUUUUGGAUUUCGUGCCACGGUUCUUAAAACCUCAAAGAGAAUUCAAAAAGGGCUAAUGGGAAGCUUCAAUCGUAGGGUUGGCUUUUUCCUGAGAAAACUAGAAUUCCUGUCUAGUUCUCUCCUCAUCAAAGCAGAGGCCAGCCCUUUGGCCUUUCAGCCCAGUCGUAGCAGACGCCUUGGGACUGGGAUAGACUUGAAGGACGAGGGGAGAAUAACACCUCCCCCUUCCGUGGAUGCGCCACAGUUUUUUCAAAAAGUAGACAGUAGAAAAUGCACAAGUCCUGAUGUGAGAUUAAACACCUGCUUUAAAAAGAUUCAAAUGAGACUCCUUCCGAUUUAAAAGAUAAGACCCUACCAAAGCGAGGGAGUUGACUGACUUUUUUAAGUUCCUUGAAUGUCAGAAAUUGACAUUUAAGUUCACCAUAUUCAGCUCUAAGUUGUUCGCACCGAAACAAACAUUUUGAAACAAGCAGGUUCGAGCUGCCAAGUACACACCAUUUCUUGCGUUAAAGCACGACUAAUGCGUUCUCUUGCAACACUGCCAGACAUGGGAUAUUGUCACCAUAGAAUCAGUUGGUACUACGCCACCCAUCACAAGUCAGUGACCGAUCCUGCUUCAAGACUGAGACUCAUCCUCCAAUAAGCCACACGUACCCUUCUGACAAAGCUGUGCAAAGUACUAGAAUCUGAUGCUCUGGAACGAUCCUCGUUGCCUUUGUGUAUAUUUACUGCCUGCUUGAGUGCUUCUCUGUGUGGAUUUUCUCUGUAUCUUGUAGAAAUGUUGGGGUGUUUUCUUCUGCCAUAUGGCUCGUGGCCCGCGAGCCAACUACUUUAGCUGUAUUUUACCUUCAUUUUUGAUGAGGUGGUUUAAAUUUUGUUUCAUUUCGUGUAGUGAAUUCCACAGUAGUUUUCUGAUUGUUGUUAACAAUGACUUAACAUAUUACAUGGAUAUUCAAUAAAAAUGUUUUAUUUCCUGUU